GUUUGUUUGUACUGCAAACAUGCGACAAUGUCUGUUGGUCUGUACAUCCCCCCCCCCAUGCACACCGACCCAUCUAGGUAGAUGCAUCCGAUUAUAGACACAGCCAAACAUGGACACGUGUGCUGACUGGUGAGUGAGGUCUUCCCGUCUGGCCAGCUGCACCCGACGACUUCCCCUGCUGACGGAGCUGUCAGCAGGAGUGGACGUCAGGCGCAUCUGCAUGAACGGAAAGCACCCAUCCAACACAGCACGUGUGUCGACACCACCACCACCCCCCACCACCCCAGUCAUUAUGUACACACAGGUAGAUAGAUACAUCCAAGCCGUUGCGCAGGCAGACCCCCCGCCCGAGAACAAUCCUAUCUCACACGGACCACCACGACGGCAAAACGACCGUACACGCCUGCAUUCCCUCAGCCAAAGCUGAUGGAUGAACACCCAUGCUCACUUGCUGUCUGACCCGCCCGCCAUGACACCGUCGGGCCAGAAACCAACACGGCGACGAGACGGCAACACCACCACCACAUCAAGGUACGCACCACUCACUGGAUGCACCGUGCAAUCACAACUUCCUCUCUCUCCUGUCCUCGCUCACUCCUCUGGUUGGCUCGUCGUCUCAUUGUCCGCAGUGCGGCACGGGUAGGUCAUCGUACGGAAGCCCGCACGAAGACCUAGCGUCACCGCAUGGAAUCAAACGAAACGACGACACACCCAGAGAGAUGCGGCAAGAGUGAAUGUGACAAGCGAUGGCAUGCAGCGAAGACAACACCCCGUGCAAACGAUGAAAGAAAACUCUCGCUUUGCCGUAGGCUAUCUACGAACACACGCAUGUGGCACUCACUGUACAACAAAGACAAAGCAUAUGGGUCAGUCAGGUGAGGUGUAGUGGGUGCACUGUAAAAGAGGAGAUGCACACAUACAGACAGACCAUUGAUGCACUGCCAGCCAGACGACAUCCAAGUAUGCAGUGGAUGGAUGGAUGGAUAGAUAGAUGGGUGUGGCUCGCUUAUUGGCCACUCCUGGGGUAGGCGAGAUCUCGCUGUCCCUCCUUCCACAGGUCCUUCCAGAAUACCUUGACGGCCUCUAUGGUCUCGGCCAAGCUCACGGGAGUGUCGGCAUAGCUGCAGGGGAUGCGCUGGGCGUGCUCGUACAGGCCAUCGACCAGCGCACCCACACGUGUGACGACCGCGGCGCUUUCCAAACUGAAACAAGUGCAAGAUGGAGGGGUUGUGGUGCAUGUGCUGGCAGGCGAGCGUGUCACCGACUUCAUGAUGACAGUCUUGGUCUCCUGCAGGAAACUGGCACUGAGCUUCGACGUGCCCUUCAGGUUGUCAAUGCGCCUGUGAACAUGCAGACACGCACACACCGACACACAGCUCCUGUGGCUCGCCCUCUGCAGAUUCCUUUCCCAUCCCUCCUCUUACUCGUACAGCCGCUCCUUGUCGGCCUGAGUCGCCUGCACAGGUGCAGAGCCUGACGCCUGCAUGGUUGGCGAACUCUUGAACGCCUG